AUAGAAAGGAGUAUGAGAUCAAUUUAAAAGUUAAGGAGAAAAUUAAAAAGAAUUAUUCUAAAUUUGAAUUACUUCAACUUAAAAAAGUAGAUUUUAGUAAACUUUUUUCUAAUAUGAGUUUAGACUUGAUUGAUGAUAGUAAUAGUGAAACUCAUAUUUAUAAAAGUACUUUAUCGAAUAGUGAAAUUAAUUUGGCUUUAGAUAUUCUUGAUUUAGAAUAUGUUUAUAGACCUUUCUUGUGA